AUGAAUGACAAGGGCUUCACCGUUGUCGCCUACAAUCGUACCACCUCAAAGGUCGAUAACUUCCUCGCGAACGAAGCCAAAGGAACUAAGGUCCAAGGCGCUUGGUCGAUCCAGGAGCUUUGUGCCAAGCUCAAGACCCCACGCAAAAUUAUCCUCUUGGUAAAGGCCGGGCAGGCCGUUGACGACUUUAUCGCCCAGCUCGAGCCAUAUCUCGAGCCAGGUGACAUCGUUAUUGACGGUGGUAACUCGCACUUCCCCGACUCUAUCCGCCGCACCAAGGAGCUCGAGUCCAAGGGCUUCCUCUUCGUCGGUUCUGGUGUUUCUGGUGGUGAGGAAGGUGCCCGUCAUGGCCCAUCCCUCAUGCCUGGUGGUUCAACCGCUGCCUGGCCUGCCAUCAAAGAAAUCUUCCAGAAGACUGCUGCUCAAGCGUACGGCGAGCCAUGCUGUGACUGGGUGGGUGAGACCGGCUCUGGCCACUACGUGAAAAUGGUCCAUAAUGGUAUCGAAUAUGGUGACAUGCAGUUGAUCGCCGAAGCGUACGACAUCUUGAAGCGUGGCCUUGGACUCCACGAAGAUGAGAUCGCCGACAUUUUUCUGAAGUGGAAUAAAGGUGUCCUCGACUCCUUCCUCAUCGACAUCACCGCCAACAUCCUCAAGUUCAAGGACGACGAUGGCGAACCCGUCGUGACUAAGAUCCUCGACAAAGCCGGCCAGAAAGGUACCGGUAAAUGGACUGCUAUUGCGGCGCUUGAUGCCGGUACUCCCGUCACUCUCAUUGGUGAAGCCGUUUUCGCCCGUUGCUUGUCGGCUAUCAAGGACGAGCGUGUGCGCGCUAGUAAAGUUAUUGCUGGCCCACAGAAAGAGCCAUUCCGUGGUGACAAACAAUUGUUCAUCGAUGAUCUCGAGCAAGCCCUCUACGCUUCCAAAAUCAUCUCUUAUACCCAAGGGUUUAUGCUAAUGAGAGAAACAGCAAAGGAGCUUGGUUGGAAUUUGAACUACGCUGGCAUCGCUAGUAUGUGGCGAGGAGGCUGCAUCAUCAAGAGUGUCUUCUUGAGUGACAUCACCGCUGCUUACAGAAAGGACACCAAAUUGGAGUCUCUUCUUUUCGACGAUUUCUUCAACAAAGCCGUACACACCGCUCAACCCGGCUGGAGACGUGUGAUUGCUCAGGCCGUCUUGUGGGGUAUCCCUACCCCAGCAUUCAGCACUGCUCUGGCCUUCUUCGAUGGAUACCGGAGCGAGAUCGUUCCCGCCAACCUUCUCCAGGGUCAGCGUGACUACUUCGGUGCCCACACCUUCCGCGUUCUUCCAGGGAAAGAGAACGAAAAGUUCAAGUCUGGCGAGGAUAUUCAUGUUAACUGGACUGGCCGUGGUGGAAACGUGUCUGCAUCGACCUACAUUGCUUAA